UCGUACGAUGGAAUUUACACACACUUCAAAAGGUAUUUCUAAAGAGAAACAAGACGAAAAAUGGCAAAACUUAUUAUUGCUUUAGCUACUGUUCUGGUUCUGAUGGUUUUUGCCAGUAAGUAAUUACACCACGGAUUCUGGCUCUCAGACCUCUACUGCUUGACUUUUUUAUUUCUAGUUAAAGGACGUCAUCAUGCUCAUGCUGGACAUUCAUCGUUAUUUCGUGGGCGUCGUGGUCCAUUACAAGAUGCAUUUCAACCACCUGUCCCCUACGACAAUUGUUGUAUCAGACGCAGCAUCCAGGCCAGAUAUUCGCAUGCUGGAGUGGAUAUUAAUUGCACGCCAGCAAGUGUCGGCGUCGUUGCGAUGGGUGACGGUGAUGUAGUUGAAGCUUGUGAUGGACAAGUCGUUGGUGGUGCUUACACAUGCGCACAAGGCGGAAAAGUGGAUAUUCAUCAACUAUAUCGAGUUAAAAAGAUAUCGAGAGUGUUAGGACAAAUUCUAUACAAAAAUAUUAUGUUAAAAUCAAAUAUUGUUAGUGAUAAACCCUUGUAUGUCUUUUAUUUUCAUUUGGCCCAUGGAAGUGUAGCUGUUCAAGGUGGUACAAGGGUUAAAAAAGGCACUCAAGUUGGUAUGAUUGGUACGACAGGACUUUCCACAGGUCUCCGUUUUUAUGUCACAGCACAAACCAACCCAGGACCAGCUGAUGGACUUUAUGAUCCAACUUCCAUUGUUGAUUUUCGAACAUUUUUGGAAAUGGACAAUUGGAAAGCUUGUUAG